AUGCUAAAGAAGUUAUCUUUCGUUGACUGCAAACCUACUAAGAUGCCAAUGUCCCUUACACCGAAAAUAUUUGUUGAUCAGUCAGGUCAAGAUGUGAAUCCUUUUCUCUACAGGGGAAUGAUUGGUUCACUUCUUUACUUAACAACAAGUCCAUUUGAUAUCUUGUUCGUUACCAGCAUGUGUGCUUGCUUUCAAGCUAAUCCAAAAGAAUCACAUAUUCUCAUUGUUAAACGAUUUUUUCAAUAUCUAAAGCAUACUCCAAAUCUUGGGCUAUACACUCAUCAAUCAUCAACAGUGCGCGUGAAAAUCGGGCCUAGGGUUCCUCAUCUUCUUCUUGAUCCUUCCUCAAUUUCAUUUCAUAACUUCAUUUACGAGUGUUUCGUAGUCUGCCGUCUGCAUCCAGCUGUUUCUAUACCAUCCACAAUUCAAUAUAGACGCGUUGAAGUAGAAGGUUGUGUGAUCGCAGGGUUUUGCAUAAGCUGA